UAUUUAUUUAUUUAUUUAGAGUGCUACGCAAGCGCCGUACUUUAGGCAAACCGGAAAGACGCCGUUCGUCUGGUACCCCAAAGAUGAACGCACUGACCAAGGUGAAGCUUAUCAAUGAAUUGAACGAGCGGGAGGUGGAACUCGGGGUGGCCGAAAAGGUAUCCUGGCACGCCGAAUACAAGGACAGCGCUUGGAUCUUUCUGGGAGGACUCCCCUAUGAACUGACUGAAGGAGAUAUCAUCUGUGUGUUUUCUCAAUACGGUGAAAUUGUAAAUAUUAAUCUCGUACGAGAUAAGAAGACCGGAAAGUCCAAAGGAUUCUGUUUUCUUUGCUACGAAGAUCAGAGAAGCACGAUUUUGGCCGUCGACAAUUUUAACGGGAUCAAGAUUAGAGGAAGAACUAUCCGAGUGGAUCAUGUAGCUAAUUACAGGCCUCCCAAGGAUUCCAAGAAUCUGGAUGAUGUAACCAGAGAACUCCGGGAAAAGGGCUGUGGGGUUAAGACCCCGUCUCCUAGUUCGUCGGAAUCCUCAGAAGAUGAGACACCUGUGAAAAAGCAUAAAAAAGACAAAAAAGAGAAAAAAAGGAAGAAAAAAGACAAAGAUAUCAGAACAGACAUGGAGAAGCAGGAAAUGCCCACAUCAUCGUCCGUAGUGUCCCGCCACAAGACCAGGAAGGAGAAGGAGAGUUCUGGUCUAGGUAAAUCUGCCACCGGAAGCCUGGACAAGAACUCCAGCCCUGAGCGGCGAGAAGGACGUAGACACUUAAGCGGCUCGCCUGUGCUCCACCGAAGUCACCUCGAGAGAGCCGAGUCUACCUCGAGGAGGGAUUCGAGAAGGGAUAAGCCGUGGCAUAAGAAAUCCUCAAGCAGCUCCAGCAGGAAGGAAAGGAGGAGGAAGGAAAAGAGCAAACACCGGGAAAGAAGCCGCAGCUCGGAAAAGCGCUCGCACCACCGUGAUGAUCAUUCUGAAGGCAGGUCCAAGAGGAGGCACAAACACAAGUCCCGAAGCUUUGGGAAAGACUGUCAUUCCAGGGAUCGGGAACCGUCCUACUCCAGUCGACACAGGUCCAGUUAAACGUGUACGGCGCGGCACAAGUGCUGUCAGCCCAGAAAAGAAGAUUCAUUUACAAAAAUCCCUCACCUGAGUUAAGCUGUUGUUGUUUCUGUAAAUAAAGUCUCUGCUACCAAGUCCCCUCACUUUCUUGAGUAUGAUAAUCGGAAGACUGAGGAUCCUCGAAAUCUGAGUGAAGUACGGGAGUUCUUAACCCAGAGUCUGUGAACAUAAAAACAAAUAUUUAAUAGCUGUAGUUCAAAUAGAAUUAUUUGCAGUUUUGUGUAUUUUGUUUUGUGCACUUGAAAACAUUAUUGUGAGAAGGGAUCUGUAGGCCUUGUUUCACCGGGUCUGUGGGCCUUGUUUCGCCAGGUCUGUGGGCCUUGUUUCGCCGGUCUGUGGGCCUGUGUUUCCAGGACCCAGAAAAGGUUUAGAAUGCUGCGGUGUUACGAGGAGAGCCUAAUCAGUAGCUGCUUGAUGCUACUCGAUUACUACCCUUCUCAUUUACUUUCUUUCUUCAAGCGAGUUGGACUAUCUAAACUCCUUUUCCACUUUCUCUCCUGUUUGCCAAGGGUUGAGAAUUCCAUAGAAGCUAACAGUUGGUGGCUACAGACCCCUCCUGAACUAACCCAUCCCACAUGAGGAUCUGGAUGUGACCCAAAAUGACGGGUCGUGAAACUACGGCUAGGACCUUAACCUCUGGAGGAAAGGGUAGAGAGAGGAACUGGACCUGGGAUUUUAUUCAUAAGGGAACUCCCGGCUGAGGAAAAUUCCUUUGCCCAUGCACCUCAGUAUCUUCUCUUCAGUUAGUCUUUAAGAACUGCCCACGGCCAGGAUGGGUCAGAGGUUGGACUGGAACCGAGGGCUUAUUCACUAUGCCGUGCUGCCUCUAUUAUGUAAUUCAUGUGAAACGGUCAAAGACAGACCCACUGUUCUCUUAAAAUCUGGCUUGUGUCAAAAUGGAAUGUAGCUUAUACUUGGUA